AUGUCCUCAAAGGAGCAAAUGGCCAUUGUACUACUGUAUGUGGAUGAUGGAAAUGUGAUUGAUCGUUUUGUGGGUAUUGAGCAUGUUACGAAUACCAAUGCUAUCACACUAAAGGAUGCUAUUGAUGGUUUUUUAAGUAGACAUGGAUUAAGCAUUUCAAGACUACGAGGUCGAGGAUAUGAUGGAGCAAGUAAUAUGAGAGGUGAACUGAAUGGUUUGAAAACACUUAUUUUGAAUGAAAAUAAAUGUGCUUUUUAUGUGCAUUGUUUUGCUCAUCAACUACAAUUAGCUUUGGUAGCAGUGGCCAAGAAUCAUGAUUUGGUUUCAGAAUUCUUUACUUUGGUUGGUAAUGUGGUGAAUGUGGUUGGAGCAUCAGCUAAAAGACGAGACAUUCUUCGAGAAAAACAUGGUGAUGACAUUUUAGAAGCACUAGAAAACAAUGAGCUUUCAAGUGGUCAAGGCUUGAAUCAGGAAACUAGUGUGAAGCGAACUAGUGAUACACGAUGGAGCUCUCAUUAUGAUACGUUAAUUAGCUUGUCUAGAAUGUUCAAAUCUGUGAUAGCUAUACUCGAGGUUGUCAGAAUGGAUGGAACAAGUUAUGAACAAAAGCUAGAAGCAAGGGUUUUAUUGGAUUAUAUGCGAUCAUAUGAAUUUAUUUUCUGUCUGCAUUUGAUGAGACAAGUGUUGGGAAUCACAAAUGAUUUGUCAAAAGCACUGCAAAAGAAAGAUCAAGAUAUUGUGAAUGCUAUGAACUUAGUUACUGUAUGCAAGGAACGAUUGCAGCCAAUGAGAGAGAGUGGUUGA